AGAGAAGAAUGGAUGAAUUUAGACUUCAUGUUAUUGAAAACCACAUCAGCAGCAGCUGUCAAAGGUGAGAGAAACAAAGAAAAAACACUGGAGCGCCAGAAAGCUCAAGAACUUGAGCAGGCCAUGCUGUCUGAGAGAGAACUCAAUCCGUAUUGGAAAGAUGGUGGUACAGGUUUGCCACCAGAGAAGGAUGAAGCAACUUCCAUUAAGAAAGUUACAGUGGUAGAAGAUGCUGGAUUAAGCUGGUUACGAAAAUCAUACCAAAGGAUGAAGGAGCAGGCUGAGAGAGAGAAACGAGAUUUUGAGGAAAUUGUGGCUGAGAGAUAUGGGUCAGUGGAGAUAUUUCAGUCACGAUUAGAAGAGGCUGAAAAAGUUGCAUCCAGAAACAAAGAUUACGAUAGAAUGGGAAGAUGGAAGAAAAGUGACUAUUCCAAAGGCGAGAAAGAGAAGACAGAACAGCAUAUGAGAAAGGAGACAAGAGAUGAAGAUGAUAGGAAAAUGUGUUGGGGCAGUACUGGAGAGAAGUAUGGCAAGAAAUGGGCACAAGAAGACAAAGGUUAUAAAAAAGAUAUGUCAAGAGAAGACCAAGAACGUGGACACAGUAGCACAGACUCAGUAGCGAGAGACUACAUCUCCAAAGCAGAAAAACACUCUGAUCUAAAACGAAGCUGGGAAAAAAGUUCAUCUCUAAGCAACAUGAAACACAAAUUUCUGAAACCCUCUGAUGAUGAUUUAUCAUCUUACAGUGCAUCUAGAGACUACAAGUCGCAACAGUCCUCUUCCAAAGAGCCAGCUCACAGUUCUUUGAGCAGUCGUUUCCAAAAACCUAGUGAGGAUACUGCACUGUGGACCAAAACACACACAGAGGAUGUCCAUGAGAAAUUAAUGUCUGAUCAAAAGUCAUCAGGUAGUAGGGAACAAACUGAUGACAGUAGUUGGGAGAGAACUUCAAGUGAUGAAAAAGAGAAGUCACCGCAGGAGUACCUGAGUGGUAUACCUGGGAAGAAACAAAAGUUAACUGACAGUGCACCGUCACUUUCUAGGUACACAUCAAAAGAUGAGCCACCUCGGAUCCUUAAUGAAGAGGAGAUGAACAGACUGGGCGCAAGGAUUGUGAAAGCAGAACUCAUGGGAGAUACAGAGUUAGCUUCAAAACUUCAAGAAGAACUUGAGAAUGCUCGUAAGUUGAGAGACACUCAAGGGCAGACUGCAGCAAAGCCUGGAAAAGAG